CAAAUCAAAAAAGCCGGAAGGGUAAAAGAAAUUUAUAAAGCUUAACAUGCAAUGUAUCUGAAAAUAUAAGGUACAGACAUACGAUUUGCUUGGCGUAUACAAAACGCAUUGACGUUUCUAUUUGUCACUUUUGUUUGUCAGUAGACUGUCCCCUCUUAUUCCUCCGACUGAAGAACCGACUUUGGUAUUCAGUUUAGCAAAUAAUCGAACGAUUUGUUGCAAAAACCUAAGUAAAUUUAUUUUAAUUCUUACGACGUUAUACAAAUCGGGCGAUGGAGUGGUCGAAAGAGAGAACAUUGAAGUUGAUCGAGUUGUUACAAGUGAAUGCUAGUUUAUGGAAUCCUUCUUUGUGUGAAACAAGGAGAGACAAACAAAAGCGGCGUGAAGAAUUACGUUUGAUAUCGAAUAUUUUGGGUAUUUCUAUACCAGACGCUACAAAGAAGAUACAGCAUCUUCGUACACAGUAUAACAGAGAAUCAGCUCGGGAAGCCAGGGCCUAUGCUGAGGAACCAAACGAUAGAUAUGUUAGCAAUUGGUACGCCUUCGAGUAUUUGCACUUCUUGAAAGAGUCCAGCAAACCUUACAAAGUAUUGCACAUGGAGGACAGUCAAGAGGGAGAUGGAUUGUCAUCACAAUCAGACAAUUCUACAAGUAAUUGCAGAGUAAGCAGCCACUCACCACCUCACAAAAUUCCCAGAAUGGAAUCUACACCCAUCAAACCUGGAAAUGUAUAUCCUUUAUUGCGACCAAGAGAUGAGUUCGCUGUAUUUGGAGAAUACAUCGCAAAUGAGUUACGAUCAUUGAAGGGCGAAAAAAAUCUGCUUGUCGCUAAGAAGAAAAUACAAGAUGCUAUAUUUGAUGUUAAAAUGAGUAUGAUACGGGAAACAAAAAUGGAGCAAGGUGUGUGCACUGUGUUUACAAGUACAAGCCAGCCACAAAAUGCUACUAUACAUGAUGGCAAGAUAUAUGCAACACCAGCACUGGCUACUACUGAAGUCACUAUAGAGCAUUUGUCGGAGCCACGCACUCCACCACCACCAGAAAUUAAUGAAAUUAUGAUUAAUGGUUCAUGCCAUUACACAAAUUUUAAAGUGGAUGCACAAUAACAGUGUCAUCCACUUCCCAAUCAGGAAGUGGAGAAAAACAAAAGCUAUACCAUUGCAAAUCCAUAAUAGACACACAUGGACAUUAUAAAAACUGCUUUUGAGAUUUUUUAUGAAUUUUUUGCAAAGACUUAAAAACUGUUAAAUGUAACUAUCAUGAUAAAUGGACAGAGUGUGAAAAUUUAGUGUAUUAAAUGUAAUAUUGGUGACCUGACUGCCAGAAAAGACCAUAUGUGCCUCAGAAGUCUAUUAUGUAGUCUAACCCCAUGGCAUGCUGGACACUUUUUAUGGGGUCAAUGGACUGUGGAAUUCUCAAACAUUUGUAGUAUAAAGAAAGGAAAUUUAUCAUUGGCUUUAAGAUUACUGCCAUAAGUCAAUAAGUCAAGUAUUAUUUAUUAGAAUACUUUUAGUAUUUAAGGAUCUAGUCAUCUACUUUUCAUUACAAUAAUAUGUAAAAGCUAAAUAUAGUAUCUAAGUUAGAAUGUUUUACAAUUUUUGUAGGUGUAAGAAUGAACCAAUAGUCUCUUGUAUGUCCAUAACCAAAAAAAAUAAAGUUCUGCAAUCAUGGCAAAUAUAAUUGGUUAUAAACACAACUUACAAGUGACAAAUAAUCAGCACUCAUGACCUGAAAUGGCUGACUUGCGAAAUGUCCGUUUUGUAGCUAAAUAGAACUUAUGUUGAUCUGCCA